UUUAACAUCGAAUGUCGUCAAGAUGCAUUCACGAGUGGUAAAAGUCUUGUUGGCUGGCCGCUUGCCGUACGGAGUCGGUCUACAAUUGCAGAAAACUUUAUCAGAUCACCAUCACAAGCGUGUGAGCGAAACGGCAAACACGCUAGUCCUCUUGGAGCAUGAGCCUGUGUACACGGUAGGAAUAAGGAACAAGGGAUACACGGAGGAAGAGGAGAGGAAGCUGAGGAGCCUCGGUGCAGAAUUCUGGAGGACAAAUCGCGGCGGGCUGAUCACUUUCCACGGACCCGGCCAGCUGGUGGCCUAUCCGGUGCUCGAUCUGAAGCAGUUCCACACCAGCGUCAGGUGGUACGUGCACGAAGUGGAACGUAUGGUGAUCCGCGUAUGCGCCGAAUUCGGCAUCAAGGCCGAGACCUCACCGGACACUGGGGUCUGGGUCGGCGAUCGCAAGAUCUGUGCCAUAGGCAUCCAUGGCAGCCGUUACGUCACCACCCAUGGUCUCGCGCUUAAUUGCAACACCGAUCUCAAGUGGUUCGACCAUAUCGUGCCAUGCGGCAUCGAAGGCAAAGGCGUGACCAGCAUCUCUAAGGAGCUGAACAUGGACGUUACUGUCUCUGAUGUGUUGCCGAUUUUCAAGAACGCUUUCAGCGAUCACUUCGGGUGCGAGCUGAUCGAGUACCCGCUCGGCGAGACCUCGCAACUGCUACGGGAUGCACGUCGUAGCGUUUUAAAAGUAUAAUAGUUAUGAUAAUUGGAUUUUAAGGAACAAAGAGACUUGUCAAUUUUAAAUGAAGUUUGUAAUCGGACAUAGUUUGUUUUCAACUCCGUUAGAUUAAGGUCAUAAUGUUGAAGAUGGUCCUGCGAAUCUUUAAAACCUAUGAAUUGCGAAAAUUAAAUUUUUGGACUGUCUCUUGUAGCAAUAAGUAAAACUUAAUAACAUUUUUUAUGAGAUAAUAUUAGGUAAAGAAUUCUGGUAUUAUGGAUUUUUCGAACUUAAGAUAUUCUAAAAUUUCGACAAAAUAUUGCAAUUAUCUGUAAGUUAAUAUAACGAAAAUUGUUUAUAAACCUUGUAAUAUCAAUUUUAAGGUAUCUUGUAAAGGUAAGCCUUGCGUUAAUUUGUAGUAAGUAGUUUCAUGACGACUUGACUUGAAGAAUUCAUUAAUUUAAUAAUCAACUCUUUAUUCGUUAACGAUUUCUUGAUAGCUACUGCUCUUGAAUGAUUUCAUGCGAUGUUAGCAACGAAAUUAUGAUGAAUUAUAGUCGUGUUUGUAAGUUAAUGACAUUAUCAGAAUCCUAAUGUGAUAUGUAAAUAUAAAUCAAAUAUUUCAUUGGUUCAACACAGAAUUUAUGUACGCAGGUACCAAAGCAUCGAUGAUGCGAGUCGAAUACACAAUUAAGUUCACAUUAAAUGUGACAACAAUUGCGUCCUUAAAUCUAAUUUUAAUUAUACUAUCGACAUAACUAUCUACGUGAUCGUUUAAAUUGAAUGCAUGCUAAGUUUUACAAAGUCUCAAAUUAAAAAAAGUACUUCGUGACUAGAUCGGUGCAAAUAUAAAAAAAUUUAAACAAUAAGGCAAAAGAUACGCGACUUAUCCUAAGUUCAUAUUACGCGAUUAAAUUUAAGAUUAAAAUUACAUUAUGAUUGUACAUCUUCAGAGAUCGGGAUAUGAUUGUAAUAUAUAAAUGAAUAAUCACAAUGCAACCUCAAUCUUUAGAAUCGAUACGAGUUAUAGCAUUCAAUUUAAACGCGUCAUUUGGUGAAAUUUACGUGAUAAUGGGCAUUUAAUUUAGCAAGCUUUUAAGUGAUUAAAUCACAGAAUUUCCUUAAAAUACUCAGUAUCGAUUUUUUAAAAUCUUUGCAAAUCUUGAAAAUUCUUGAACAUUAAAAUAAAUUACGAGAAGUUAGAAACGCUUGGAAAUCUUGAAAGAUACAACGACUGAAAAUUCGACUUACGAUCGAGAGUGUCUUACGAGGUCAUAUACCUAUAUCACGCUUUGAAACGAUUCGUUUUUGUCAACCCGUCGCUCUAAAUCUAAAUAAAACUAGUAUCACUCUGUCAGCA